AUGGCAAUUCAACUUAAAGUCCAGAAAUCAUUCACAAACAGCCUGUUCAGCAGGAAGGAGAUCGACCUAACAAUCAAGCAUUCAAAGCAGGCUACGCCAAACAAGAAUGAAAUCAAGAAGGAAUUGAGCACGAACUAUUCAAUACCAGUUGAACAAAUUCAUGUAUUUGAUAUGACAACUGGCUUUGGUCUUCAUAGUACGGAAGCAAAGGCGCACUUGUAUUCUAAUGCUGAAUUGAUGAAGAAGGUUGUGCUUGACUAUGUCUUGAGAAAGCUCACUGGUGAAGAGAAGACGAAGGUGCUCAGAAAGCAGAGGAAGGAGGCACGAAAGAAGAAGGCAAAGAUAUUCGGAACAAUGAAGAGAAACAUGAAGAAGAUAGAGAAGAGGAACAAGGACUAA